AUGGCAGCAGAAGAAGAGUCCAAUUUGGAGUAUACGCCAACUUGGGUGGUUGCUGCUAUUUUUUUUAUAGUUCUUCUGGCGUCUCUUAUUGCCGAACGAGUUCUAGAUCGCCUUGGGAAGUGCUUGAAGCUUAACAAACGAGAUGCAUUAUUUGAAGCACUGCAAAAAUUGAAAGAACUGGUGUUUUUAGGAUUCAUUUCCCUUGUAUUAAUUGUCUUCAAAGGUCUAGUAAGUAAAAUAUGCAUCCCUAUUUAUAAAGCAUCCACUAUGCUUCCAUGCAAACGUGAAGUCGAAACUCCUCGAUCGAUAAACAACAGGCGACGCCUGUUUUCCACAGUCCAUCAUUGUUCUCGUGAGGGGAACGUCCCCUCAUUGUCUUUGGAAACAUUAUUAUAUCAGCUGCAAAUUUUCAUCAAUGUAUUGGCAGUGGUUCAUGCAAUAUAUUGCAUCAUUACGGUGGUUCUUGGAAUAGCAAGGAUACGAAGAUGGAAACAUUGGGAAGACUGGAAACAUUGGAAUAGAAGAGAGGAUACACUUCAUCGCCAUUUGUUUAUAACGCAACAUGCGAAAGAAGGUUGGAAAAAGACACCUAUGGUGAUAUGGAUCAGGUCAUUUUUCAAGCAGUUUUACAACUCUAUUACCAAGUCAGAGUAUAUCGUACUUCGAGAAGGGUUUAUCAUGGCUCAUAUCCCAGGCCAUCCUGAAUUUGAUUUCCACAAUUACAUGAUGCGAACCCUCGAAGUCGACUUCAAUAAAGUUGUUGGCAUAAGCUGGUACAUGUGGCUAUUUGUGGUGAUGUUUUUGCUAUUUAAUGUGAAAGGAUGGCAUUCGUAUUUUUGGCUAUCAUUUCUCCCUGUUGUGCUAAACAAACCUUCACAGCUUCUGGUUGUUUUGGGGGCUAAACUAGAGCAUGUAAUCAUUCGGUUAACUCAGGAUGUGGGUGAAAUGAAGGAGAAAGGUGAAGCAGCACGAGUUAAACCUUCCGACGAGCAUUUUUGGUUUAAAAGGCCUGCCAUCAUUCUUCACUUGAUUCAUUUCAUUUUGUUUCAAAACGCAUUCGAACUGGCUUUCUUCUUCUGGAUCUUGAGCACGUAUGGAUUUCGGUCAUGCAUCAUGGAAAAAGUCGGGUUUAUCGUCCCUAGGCUUAUAAUGGGCGUGAUCGUUCAAGUUCUGUGUAGCUUUAUCACCUUGCCUUUGUAUGUUCUAGUUACACAGAUGGGUAGCAAAUUCAAGGAAGGGAUGUUUGGAGAGCAGACUCAGACUAAAUUAGAGGAUUGGCUUACAAGAAGCAAAGAUCAAGCGAGUAAGAGGGGCUUCUUUGUUUCUGGUGCAAGAGAAACUGAUAGGAUGGAAAAAGAAGCAUAUGAAAGCAUACAAAUUAUAGAGCAAGAUGCAAUGUGUAGUGUUGUAGAAACACUACAAAACUGAUAACU